GGAAGUCUUAAAACUGAAAAUAAACAAAGAUUUUCUAAGUAAAUUUAUAACUGGAAUCUGAAUAUUGCAGAAAAUCUGUCAGUUCCAUUAUGGCAACAACUUUGGAACAACCAACAACUGGUGGCAAUUUCGAUUCCUCCGACGACGAAGGUGAAAUCGACUUGUCGCCUUUUAAAAUAGCGUGGUUAGAUCUGGGUUGUGAAGUGUGUGAUGAGAAAUUGGCGAUAUCUGCUCUGCCUGGUUGCCGAUUUAAAAAUACAUGGAGGAGUGUCAAACACGACUUGAAAUGUAUUCGAGAUGAAGGUAUCAAAGAAGUCUUUUGUUUGUGUUCAAAGGGAGAACUUCACAAAUAUAGGGUUACUGGCUUGCUACAAGAAUUUGCUGAAGCUGACAUCAAUGUUCAUCAUUACCCUUUCCCUGAUGGUAUGACACCAAGUUUCCCCAAUCUCAUGAAAAUGCUGGAUGAAUUAAGAGCUAAUCUGCUUAACGGAAACAAAUGUUUGGUUCAUUGCUAUGGUGGUUUGGGCAGGUCAUGCUUGGUAGCAGCAUGUCUAAUAAUGCUUAUAGAUGAAAAGAUUUCACCUGAAGAUGUCAUCAAGAAAGUAAGAGAUCUACAAGGUCACAGUGCCGUCCAGUCAGUCAAACAGUUCAACUUCAUCAAUGAUUUUAGAGACAUGUUGGAAGACUUUAAGAAAGAUAAAAGUGAUGAAAAUGGUGAAACUAGAUCUGUAUCUCGUUAAUAAAUAUUUUUUAUAAGC